AUGAAUACUUCCGCAUCUCCCCAUUCAAAGCCGGCGGUGUCGCAGACAGGCCCCACUGGGGCUUUCAUGGUCGAGUUGCUGAUCACCAAUGGGUCACCCUUUAAAGAUCACUGGGCGUACUUUGUUCGGUCGCAUAACGACCCUGAUAUCGGCGUAAAGAUACACGCGACCGGCAAUGUGAGAAUUGGCUUUGAAUUCGAAAUUAAGCGGAGUGAAAACCUACAAACAACCGACGAUAUUCCGUCAACAAGGGUCCCGCUGCAAUGGGUCGAUGAAAUGUACUUUGAUGAGAGCCCUAUGCUCAACAACGGGAAAUACAAAGUCGACAAUUCGCCUGUCUGUCGCUUUGAGGAGAGUGUUUACAAAAUCGAAGCUCCAGGAAAAAGUCUCAACACAGUCAGUGACGGGUCCAAACCACGUCGAAAGGUUAUUCAGAGGGAUUGCCAGACAUGGAUUGUCGAAUCUGCCGAGCAACUUCGCCAUGACAACAUCUUUAGCGAGGAGGUUGUUGCUUAUCUUCAUGCCAUUAAACAGUAA